CGUGCGCUGAUCGUUUGUUUACGACCGGUUUAGCUCGUUUGUUUGUUGAAAAUAGUGCAGAUUUCAAGAAAAAUCCUAGAAUAAGUGAAUAAACACUAAUAUUAUUCCAUAAAAAAUGUUCCAAAAUACCAUCAAACUCAUCUCCCGGUUAUGCAGCCCCAUAGUUCAAACCAGCAUCCGACAUUACCCGGCCCCAGUGAAGCGCUUCUACCGCAAAACCGGCAUCAUCUCCAGCAACGGGCGGUACGAGAUUACGCUGGACCAGCGCAAGCUCAAGACGCCGAAGGGAGCGCCGUUCUACGUCGAGAGUGAACCGCUGGCCGUGGCCGUCGCCACCGAGUGGGACGCCCAGAAGGAGACGAUCGACCGGUCCAGCAUGCAUCUGACGGCCCUCAGCAGUACGGUUCUGGACAAUCCCAGCGGGUUGAAUAAAAUGGACAUUGUAAAUUAUCUUGUGAAUUACAUCAGCACAGACGCGAUUCUGUAUCAUUCGAGUCACGAACAACGCCUGAAAGAACUUCAGCUGGCCGAGUGGAGUCCGAUCGUCGACUGGUUCAACAAGCGGUACGACGUGGAACUGAAGGCCACCGAUGGGCUGGAAGUGCCCAGCUUUCCGCCGGGUACGGCCAUGAACAUCAGCCGAUAUCUUUCCUCCUACAACGAGGCUGCCCUGAACGGAUUUAUGUUCGCCACGGACACACUCAAGUCGGUCGUGCUGACCUGCGCCUGCAUGGAUCGGUUCAUAAGUGUGGAAAAGGCUGUUCUGUUGACCCGGCUUGAGGAAGAGUACCAGCUGGGUCACUGGGGAAGGGUAGAGUGGGCGCACGAUAUGCAGCAGUUGGAGUCGCAGGCGCGACUUGCGGCCGCGGUCAUGUUUGUGCACUUUAACUCGAGUAAUGCGUUUGUGAAGCAGAAGAUUGCCGUCGGGGAGAUUUAGACGGAAUAAAGUUUAUUGUGCAAA